CUUUGACUUAUUCGCAUGCACAUUGUAGCCUCUUUAGUUUUUGCUUUACUUUCAUUUUUGUAAAAAUUUUCUUCCAAGAAGACAUAUUCAUGUAUCAAGUAGUGCUGUCUUCGUAGACGACGUGCUACUUAUGUGAGCUGAAGCUUGUAGUACAAGCUGACGCUCCUACUUAAUUUUCCUGAUGUGACUUUCUUUCGUUGCCGUGUUUUCUAACGUGUAGCGUGAUUAGCUUGCUUUCUCUUUCGGAGUUUGCGUUUGCUUCUGAAGCUCACUAGUAAGUUGCUGCAGUUCCUUUUCUUUCGUCAGAACUCUACACUUACUUGUUAGAUACGAUACCCGCUGCAAGCGCAGCAAGUACGAUGCUCCCUAGGAGAGUACUCGGCACUUAGUCACAUCCAAUUGAUUAAGAACGCUCCACUCAUACGCUAUGCCGACCGUUUGAGCGUGUGAGUGUGAUGUUCUUUCGCUUGCUGAUGUGCUUGUCUAAGCUUUUGGGCGUGAGUCUUUCGACUUGAGUAGGACUAGAGAUUCAGAUAUUAACUUUCUUGCAUCUUUGAGAGCUGGUUGGUUGAGCUUCCUACUCAUAGGCUUACUUAGCUAGUCGCUAUGGCCCUUGCUUUGCAUACUGCUUGAAUGUCAUGGAUGAAGUUGAGGCUGUACUGGGGGGAACAUAAGUACAACUAUAAUGCAUUCUUGUUCGGGUGGGUGCAUCGGCUUGCGACGCCAGUAUGUAAGUAGUUCUCGGCUGCCAAGCAACUGCGCGAGUAGUAGUAAGUGCUGGUCGUUUAAGUAGUCUUGCUUGUGAGGGACGUUUUUUUUACAGCACGAGUCUAAAGUAAAAGUGCAAGUUAGUCGUGGCAGAAGAUAGUAUGGGGGAUUGGAGUAACACAGCAGACACGACCACGCCGCUUCACUCUUUUUGCUUUACAUAGUCGGCCAUAGUAUCACACAUCCACUUUUAUGCUGUCCAUGUUUUGCAUCUAACGCUAACGACUUUGCCGACAAAGUUUCCAUAUGUGUCUACGGGUGACAUCAUAGAUCGAAUAUGGUGCCAUGCCGUAGACUGAAACUCAUGAGCAAUCUUCUUUUAUCUCACCUGUCACGAUAUUUGGCAUCAUCUUUCUACACAGGCUUGCACAAUAAGAAUACUACACUGAUUUCGCAUUUCUGUACACCAUGACGAUGCUCGUGGCUUUUGGAUGCACAUGAACACAUGAGGACGAGAUGGCAACAAAACCCUCGACGCAUAGCUUGUGCAUAGGUAGUCGGACGAGCGAGAAGAUUGAAGCGUCGGGCUCCACAGAAGCAUCCACAUUCAGCCAUCAAAAACAAGAAGUGAGUGGUGCAGAAGACUGCCAGUAUUCUACUCGAAGUGUUCUAGUGAUCUUUGAUUUCGUCAAUUACAGUCACAGGCUGAAACGAGUCGCAAGUCUAUGCUCUUGUUUCUGCUGA